CUGUCUUCAUCAGUAUCUACCAGUUGCAGAGGUCUGCAACUUGUUGAAACCAUAAUCGCCUCUCCUGCUACAAGGUGAUGAAAACCCUAAAACCUCUCUUGCUACCAGUCUGGAACCAUUGAUCAGUAACUCUCUUACCCUAAAUAAUUGAUUAAAACAAUUUAUGAUAUCAAUUUGUAGAUUACUUUACCUGAUUUAUUUAUUGCUUUCAACGAUUGUUGUUGUUUUCUUGUUUUGCACAAAGCAUACACUGGUUUUCAAAAGAUACGAGUCAAAUGAUGAUGUUGAUGUAGUUUUUGCAAGCAUUUUUCUGCCUUUACGUUGGUUCUUUUCUGCUUUUGUGUUACUUAUUUUUUGUGCCUUUUUAUGUUGAAAGCUCCAAGGUAAAAAAACUGACAUAUUGUCGAAUGUUGUCGAUGUAUAAACCCCAUAUAUGGUGUUUUAUGUUAUAUUUUUAUUCCUUUUGUCAAAUGUUGUCUCCAUCAAUAAACUUGGUGUGCAUCAAACACUGUAAAAUUGUUCCUAUUAUUGGUGGUCCCUCUAUGGUAGUCAAAUGUUUUUCUAUGUUCUUUAGUGGUUGAGUGGUCCUUAUGUAUAUUUUUUGUCUUUCUGUUAUUUAUUUUCAUACACUUUAAUGAUUGAAUGUAUUUGUCUAUGUAUAAACCCUAUAUAUGGUGUUUUUUUUUUUUUUUUGGUCAAAUGUUGUCUCCGUCAGUAAACUUCGUGCUCAUCAAAUACUGUAAAAUUAUUCCUAACAUUGGUGGUCCCUCUAUGGUACUCAAAUGUAUUUCUAUGUUCUGUUAUUUUUUUUUUCAUACACUUUAAUGAGUGAAUUGAUGGUGUUGUGUUGACUUAAUUAUUGUAUUAUUUUUUUUACACUUGUUGACUAUAAUUUACUGAGUCAAAAAUUACAAUUUAUUACUUAUAGAAUUGAUGGUAUGUACACUUGUUGAUUGAGCCCACUUGUUGUUUAUUAAUUUCUGUUGUUGUAGAUGGUUGGUCUGUACACCAUUGAAUUGCAUCAUGGGGGUAUUUUUGAGAAAUCACCCCCUGUGACAUACCUAAGAGGAAAUACCUCUAACUUUGAUAAUGUUGACCCUGACUUGAUGUCAUUAAUUGAGAUUCAAGGGAUGGCAACUCAGUUGGGAUAUAGGAAGGUUAGUGAAAUGUUCUACAAAGUAGCUUAUGAGUGGCAAAGCUAUAGAGAAGUUAAGUAUGAGUUGGAUGUAUUUAGAAUGUUUUAUGACCAUGAAGCCCAUAGGGAAACCAACAUAGUUAAGUUGUACAUUGUUGCACCUUUGUUGAAUGAUGUAGUAAAUGAGGAAGGAGUAGGUGGUGAUGUAGGUUAGGAUGUAGGAUGGAAUGAAUCAGAACCUAUUGCUCAUGUGUCAAGCCCAUAUAGUCCUAAUGAUGAGUUGAUAAGCUUGAAUAAAUCUGAUGAUGAAGUUCUUAAUAGUGGUUCUAUGUACCAAGAAUACAUUCUUUCAAGGGAUUUGGGAGAAAAGGAACUAGAACUAGGUAUGAAAUUUGGCUCUGCAAAAGAUUUUAGGUUGGCAAUUAGAGAGAAGUCAUUGAGGGGUAAAUUUGAUAUAAAGUUCACAAAGAAUGAUAGCGAUAGGGUAAGUGCAGUAUGCAAGGCUAAAUGUGGUUGGAGAAUAUAUGCAAGCAAACCAGAAGAUGAGGAUUGCUUGAUAGUUAAGACAUAUGUGCCAGACUAUAUAAACUGCCUUUGGUUUCGUAGUAAUGCACAAGCCUCAUCUUCCUUCAUUGCAAAUAGAUACUUAGAACAAUUGAGAUUGAACCCAAAGAUGCCUUUGAAUACACUUAAGACCACUAUUGCUUCUGAUUUGGACAUUGAUUUGUCCAUACACAAAGUGUAUAGGGCUAAGAGGAAGGCUUUAGAAAUGAUUGAAGGAAAUGAACAAGAGCAGUAUGAAAAAAUGAGAGAUUACUACAGUUUGAUCUUAAGAACUAACCCUGGCAGCAUUGUUAAAUUACAAACUGAGCCCACUGGUGUUGAGAAUGUGAGAAGGUUUCAGAGAGUAUUUAUUUGUUAUGUUGCAAUGAAGAUGGUUUUAAAAAAGGUAGUAGACCACUUAUUGGUGUGGAUGGUUGCUUUUUAAAAGGAUUAUAUGGUGGUCACCUUUUGAGUGUAGUGGCCAAUGAUGGAAAUGGGCAAAUGUUCUUCGUAGCAAUUGCAGUAGUGGAGUCUGAGACAAAAGAUUCUUAGGAAUGGUUCAUGGGAGAAUUGAUGGAUACUGUAGGACCUUAUUAUGGUAUAACCUUCAUAUCAGAUAGACAGAAGGGUUCAGUAGAAACCUUUGACAACAUAAUGGAAGGCUCAGACCGCAGAUUCUGUGUAAGGCAUUUAUAUGAGAAUUUCAAGCUCAAGCUCGAGUUUAAAGGACAACAACUGAAAAUAGAGUUAUGGGAAGCAUCAAGGUCAUAUACUGCAGCAGAUUUUGAACUACAUAUAAGGAAAAUAAGCGAGUUAAAUGUGGAAGCUUAUAAGUGGUUGAGGAAAGUGCCAGCUGAAUUGUGGUCAAGGUUAGCCUUUACAGAAAGGUCAAAAAAUGAAGUAGUCAUCAACAACAUGUGUGAAAGUUGGAAUGCAGUUAUUCUUGAAGCAAGGGAUAAGCUAAUAAUAUACAUGCUAGAAUGGAUUAGGAGGCAUCUAAUGCUAAGGUUCCAAUGCAAAAAAGAGUGGAUGCUAUCACAACAAAGCUUGCUAUGUCCAGAAAUACAAAAGAGUCUCAACAAAGUGAAACAACAAGCUAGAAUGUGUAAGGUGCAUUAUGUUGGUCAUGAGAAGUAUGAGGUUCAAUGCUAUGGAAUAAGUGAGGCAGUUGACCUUGACAAGAAAAGUUACAGCUCUAGGGUAUAGAAUUUGAUUGGAAUCCCUUGCAGGCAUGCUAUAACAUGCAUAUUUACCAAGAGGGACUCUCUUGAGGCAUACGUUGACCCAUACUAUCAUAUAGAAACCUAUCUCAAGUCCUAUGCUGGCAUAAUCCUACUUAUACCAAUGGGAUGGUUGAUGAAAACAGACCCCAUUGAUGGAUUACUUCCACCACACUAUAGGAAACCCAUAGGUUAACCAAAGAUAGCUAGGAAUAAAAAGAAUGAUGAACCAAAGGGUACCAAGCGUAGCAGGUCAAAGGAACGUUUGAAGUGUUCAAGGUGUAAGGAGGGUGACCAAAACUUAAGGACCUGCAAAGCACCUGAGCCAUUGGUGAUUGAGAGGCCUCCUCCAAGAAGGGUAGGUAGACCACCCAUUCUUGGAGGGGGAAGAACAAAGGGACCUGAGGGCAUGGCAGUCAAAGGAAGAGGAAGAAGGGGUGGAAGAGGGAGAGUAAAAGGAGUUGAAGUUCCAGCUCCAGUACCUUCAAAUCAAGAGGUACUUUUAAUGUAAUGUUUAUCAUAAUUUUCAUGUUAUGUGUACCUUAAACUAAGCUAACUUGUUGCUACUUAUUUUAGAUUCUAAACAUACCAUUUACACAGCUAUCACAAACUCAGGCAUCAUCUUCUUCUAGGUAUGAUGAAAACAGUCCCCUAUGUUUUCUGUAUAUUUGUAUGACUUCUUACAAAUCACAACAAUUUGGUUGGUUCAUUGAUAGGUCAAUGAUGGACAGUGAGUAUACUUGCUGGUAGUGAAGAUAGCCAUUAAUUGUAGCAUUUGUUGGUUUUUGUUAGAGGAUGGCCACUUAUAUCUAUGUUGUUAUGCUGUCAAUGAUGUCAAUGUUUUUUGUCACUCCAACUUGCUAUCAAUGCUUUUUUUCACUCCAAGUACCUGUCAAGGCUUUUUGUCACUCUAAGUUGCUGUCAAGGCUUUUUGUCACUUCAAGUUGUUGUUGGAGGUUGAUUUGCUGCUGUUAUGGCUUUUUGUCACUCCAAGUUGCUGUCAAUGCUUUUUCUCACUCCAAGUUGCUGUCAAGGCUUUUUAUCACUCCAAGUUAUUGUUGGAGGUUGUUUUGCUACUAUUUUGGCUUAUGUUUACUUUUGGUGAUUGUAAAUGUUAACUUGAAAACUACUUGUGUUCAUGGGAUAGGAAAACUUUGGUUCUAUUUCCAUGAAUUUUAUUAAGCAUUGUUGAUGUUGGUUAUGUUCAGAAUAUUUAUGUUAAGUAAUAUUAAGUGCUAUGCUAUGGUUAUUUAGAAUGAGACAGGUCAUUAUAAUUUAUGAGUCACAAAGUGCUAUGCUAU